AUGUAUGGCGACCAACUAAGAGAGCACGCAUCCGAAUCCUCACUGUGCAUCAUCGUGCAAAAAAUCACACAAUUUUUCUUUUUCCCAUUAGAGUUAUUUUCCACGACGCUGACUUUUUAUCUUUGGUAUGCACUCGCACGAAAUGAUUUCACAAUCGAGCAGAAAUAUUGUCGGUGGGUUUCAAUUGCUAUUUGGGGAUUUAAUGCUAUUUAUCAGGUGGUCAGAUUGGGAUUCUCGAGCAAGUUGGACGAUUGGGGCGUGGAAGCUGAUCGGUUGCAUUGUAAAGCGACGUCUUUGAUGCAGAAUUGGUUGUCGUUUUUAAUAACGACAAGUAUAAUGACUUUUUUUGCUGUGAUUUUUACUCCCAAACACUCGAGAAGAUUUGCACGAACACAAAAUCGAGGAACAGCAGUAAAAUUGGGCGAAGCUGUUAGACUUUUAGUUUGUAGUCUUGUUUUUGUCGCGCUCCUUUUAGCCUCGUCUGUCCCAAGAAUAGUGAAACGUGCCAAUAGUAUUCCGGAUAGUGAGAAACUUACGAUUGCCGAAUAUACUGGGAGCAUUGUCGGAAUAGCACUCUUUUUAGUCUUUGGAACACGUCAUUCGGCGGCUCUGCUCCUUCCAUGCUUCUAUUACGAACCAACCGAAUCAUAUUUGAUCAAAAACACGGUUAAAUUACAAAAUAUAAGAAGAAAAGAAAACGACAAUAGCCACAACCGCCACCAUAGCACUAGUAAUUUCGAGAGAACCAUAUCACUCAAGAAACCUUUACGCAGCAUCAUCAGAAAAGGUAGCAAACAAUAUUUAAACAACAAAAAAAUCUCGAAAACAUUAAUACUCGAAAACAACUUUUCCAGUAAUAUAACUACGCCAAACCCAUCGCCGAGAUCAUUCUUAAGUGAGACGACGACUAUGACACAGAUGAGUGAGUUGAGUUUUGCUGACGAGUGGUAUGUGUCCAGAAGUGAUGAUACUGUUAUUAAAGUAGAUUAUGGCGGAGAAGUUUAG